AUGGCGCUGCAGGGGACGGGUAACGAGUGCGGCUCGAGUGGAGGCCACGACGCUGCGGAGGACAGAAAGGGCGCGCAAACAAUCGCAGCGAGCGCGCGUUACACGACCGUGCGACAGCUCUUCACGUCGCCCGCCGACUACGACCCGUCGCGCGAGACGCACUACGUGCUGGUGGUGCACGGCACGUUCGACUCCCCGCCUGGCCCGGGGAGCCCGCCGCCGUGGUACUUCCUGGACGCGAAGCGCGCCGAUAACUUCUGCCACCUCAUCGCCAAGGACCUCGCGCGCACGCCGCUCGGCUUCGACGCCGUCUGGCGCACACUGCCCGACUCGCACGCGGGCAUGCGGCUGCGCGAGGACGUGCCGUACCCGUUCCACUGGUCGGGGCACAACACGCACGAGGCGCGCGUGCAAGCGGGCAAGGCGCUGGCGCAGCUGAUCCACGCGGUGGGGCGCGCGGACCCGUCUGCGCGCGUGCACGUGGUGGCGCACAGCCACGGCGGCAACGUGGCGCUCAAGGCCGUCUCCAAGUACCUCUCCAUGCUGCGCCGCGACUCGCGCGACUCUGGGCGCUCCUCCCACGACCAAAUCAGCUCCGCGUUCUGGGAGGCGCACACGGAGGGGUACCGGCGCAUCAGGGAGCACCAGGAGGUGAAAGUGAGCGCCGUGUGGAUGCUCGCCCUCGCGCCCUUCCUCGUGCUCAAGCGCCCGUGGCGGGGCGACGAGGCGCUGGGCGGGUUCCCCUACGCCUACUUCCAACGCGUUGACUCGCUGCUCGGCCUCCCCAAGUCAGUGCCGCCGCCCCAACUGCUCCACACCGCACCACACACCCCUCACUGCCCUCCGCUCAUUGAAGGGUGUAUGCUUACCUGCACUCACUCUCCAUCCCCCUACACUCUGCUCCUGCUUUCCACUUCUGACUCCCUCCGUCACUCCCUUGGUCUCUCCCACCCUGCCAAGUACCUGCGGAAGAAGUGGGCGGGGAGCAGCAGCACCAACUGUCUGGGGCGCAUGGUGUUCCUGGGAACGCCCUUCUACACCAAGCACUGGGACCCGCAGGCCGCGCUCACCAUGGCCGCCACCAUCCUGGGGCUCUCCGUGCUCGUGUUCGUGGUCAUCGUGGGCGCCGUGGUGUCGGUCAAAUAUGCCAUCUUCCAUGAAGUCAACACGGCUGAACUCACCGGCGGCGAGCUGACGUUCUGGGUGACGGUGGCGCUGGUGUCAGUGGCUGUGGUGGUAUACAACACGUUGAGCGGCAAGCGCUACAGCGACGGCAACGUCUACUUCACGGAGAAGAAGGCGUGGAGCCCUGCCAUGAGCGCACUCGUGCUCAACGCGGGGAAGCUUGAUGAGGCUGCUCUUGCGCUCUCCACGGAGCCUCUUGUUCGUGCAUACCUCAUGCCGCAAGUCAAGACCAUGCUGACGCCAGACCCAUGGCGCAUGCUGCGCCCAUUCCCCGCCAAGACAUGGCUGGUAUCUCUAGCCAACCUGUACAACAACUGCUGGGUGGCGCUGUGGACGCUCGUGCUAGCAGUGCCGUACAUCAUCCUGUGGCUGCUCAACUUCUUUCUCGUCCCCUACUUCUGCAACCAGCUGCUGCGCCUCUUCAUCACCCUCGGCUUCGGCCUGCAGAAGAACGAGUUGGACUGCGCACAGGUGUACGUGGAGGAGUGGCUGCGCCUGCCCGCAGCGACGCACAGCAUAGCGCAUUGGAACGUGCAGAAGAUUCUCACCGCUGCCACGCUCGACAAGCUCAAAGACCUCCGCAAACGAUCGGUGAUACCGGGCGAGGCAGCGGCAACGGAGGAGGCGCUCAUGGAGGCGCACACGCAGCUCGUGGACCCGCAUGUCAUCGCACAGCGCUGGCGCUUCCUCUGGGACGAUGCGGAGUUGGAGAGGAAGGCGGAGGAGUCAACGACGCUGGCGCUGCUCAAGAACCAAGUGGAUAAGAUGGCGCACAACCCUCGCAUCUCCAGAGUGGCGUUUGAGCGGGAGUUGAAGGUGGUGUGUGUGACCUUAGAGGAGCGGUACAAGGACAUGACGGGCAACGUGGAGCUGUCGCACGGCAGCUACUUCCGCAACCACGUGGUCAUCGCUGUCAUCGCUCACUUCCUCGCACACGGGGAGGUGCCCUCGUGGGCCCCGCAGCUGGGCGAGAUGACGCCGCCUGCCGAGAAGCCGGUGAAGAAGGGCCCCAUGUCGCGCCUCUUCAGCCGCCGCAUCACCCCCACCACUGAUGAGCUCAACGCUACCUCCUCGCAAUAA